GCGCGGGGUGGGACGAAGGCUGCGGCGGCGGCUGGGGGAAGGCACACGUUGCUUCUCUGGCGUGCGGCGACUUGGGCGACGCGGGCCGGCCGACCGAGCAGAUGGCGACGCUGUGUCUCACCGUGAACGCGGGGGCCCCUCCCCUGGAAGCCUUGCUGGCGGCAGAGCACGUGAAGGAGGAUGUCAGCAUUUCUGUGGAAGGAGGAAAAGAGAAUGUUCUUCGUGUUUCUGAAAACGUGGCGUUCACAGACGUAUAUUCCAUACUUCGCUACCUGGCUCGAGUUGCAGCUACAGCCGGGCUGUACGGCGCUAACGUGAUGGAACACGCUGAGAUUGAUCACUGGCUGGAGUUUAGUGCUACAAAAUUGGCUUCCUGUGCUUCGUUUGCUUCUGCAGUCAACGAGCUUAAUCAUUGCCUGUCUCUGAGGACAUUCUUAGUUGGAAACUCCUUGACCUUAGCAGAUUUUUGUGUGUGGGCCGCCCUAAAAGGAAAUGCUGCGUGGCAAGAAGAGGCAACGCAGAGCAAAGGCCCGGUGCACGUGAAGCGCUGGUUCAGCUUCCUCGAAGCCCAGCGAGUCUUCCAGUCAGUCAGUGCCAAGUGGGGUGUCCCAGCCAGCAAGACCCAGGCGGCUUCGGAGAAGAAGCAAGAUGUUGGGAAGUUCGUGGAGCUUCCAGGCGCAGAGAUGGGGAAGGUCACCGUGAGGUUUCCUCCAGAGGCCAGUGGUUACUUACACAUUGGGCAUGCAAAAGCUGCUCUCCUGAACCAGCACUACCAGGUUAACUUUAAAGGGAAACUGAUCAUGAGAUUUGAUGACACAAAUCCUGAGAAAGAAAAGGAAGAUUUUGAGAAGGUUAUCUUGGAAGAUGUUGCGAUGUUGCAUAUCAAGCCAGAUCAAUUUACUUAUACCUCAGAUCAUUUUGAAACUAUCAUGAAAUAUGCAGAGAAGCUGAUUAAAGAAGGGAAGGCUUAUGUGGACGAUACUCCCGCGGAGCAGAUGAAAGCAGAACGUGAACAGAGGGUGGAAUCCAGACAUAGAAGCAACUCUGUUGAAAAGAAUCUGCAAAUGUGGGAAGAAAUGAAAAAAGGGAGCCAGUUCGGUCAGUCCUGUUGUUUGAGAGCAAAAAUUGACAUGAGUAGUAACAAUGGGUGUAUGAGGGACCCCACCCUUUAUCGCUGCAAAAUCCAGCCGCACCCAAGAACCGGAAGUAGAUACAAUGUUUAUCCAACGUAUGACUUUGCCUGCCCCAUAGUGGACAGCAUCGAAGGUGUCACUCAUGCCCUGAGAACCACGGAGUACCAUGACCGGGACGAGCAGUUUUACUGGGUCAUUGAGGCUUUGGGCAUAAGAAAGCCAUACAUCUGGGAGUACAGUCGGCUAAAUCUCAACAACACAGUGCUGUCCAAGAGAAAGCUCACUUGGUUUGUCCACGAAGGACUGGUCGAUGGCUGGGACGACCCACGGUUCCCCACGGUGCGUGGAGUGCUGCGGAGAGGCAUGACGGUGGAGGGGCUGAAGCAGUUCAUCGCCGCUCAGGGCUCCUCACGUUCAGUUGUGAACAUGGAAUGGGACAAAAUCUGGGCAUUCAACAAAAAGCUGCGAGCUCUCUGUAAGAAGGUCAUUGACCCUGUGGCUCCAAGGUACGUGGCGCUGCUGAAGAAGGAAGUGGUCCCCGUGCUCGUCCCCGAGGUGCAGGAGGAGAUGAAGGAGGCUGCCAGACACCCGAAGAACCCCGAGGUGGGCCUGAAGCCCGUGUGGUACAGCCCCAGGGUGCUCAUUGAAGGAGCCGAUGCCGAGACACUCACGGAGGGGGAGACAGUGACCUUCAUCAACUGGGGCAACAUCAGCAUAACUAAGAUACACAGAAAUGCAGAUGGAAAAAUUGUAUCUCUUGAUGGAAAAUUGAACUUGGAGAAUAAAGACUAUAAGAAAACCACUAAGAUCACCUGGCUCGCGGAGACUGCACAGGCUCUUCCUGUCCCAACAAUCUGUGUCACUUACGAGCACUUGAUCACAAAGCCGGUGCUAGGGAAGGACGAGGACUUCAAGCAGUACAUCAACAAGAACAGCAAGCGUGAAGAGCUAAUGCUGGGGGAUCCCUGCCUUAAGGAUUUGAAGAAAGGAGACAUUAUUCAGUUGCAGAGAAGAGGGUUCUUCAUCUGCGAUCAGCCCUAUGAGCCUGUUAGCCCAUAUAGUUGCAAAGAAGCCCCCUGCAUUUUGAUAUACAUUCCUGAUGGACAUACAAAGGAAAUGCCAACAUCUGGGUCAAAGGAAAAGACCAAAGGAGAAGCCACAAAAACAGAGAUGAGUCCUUCUCUUAAGGAAAGACCAGCACCUCCUGUGUAUAAAUCCUGGGCUCCAUCUGAGGAUUUCCUGGUCCUUUACAACCGAGUGGCUACCCAGGGGGACACAGUGCGAGAAUUAAAGGCCAGAAAAGCAGCCAAGGAAGACAUAGAUGCAGCAGUAAAACAGCUCCUGGCUCUGAAAGCCGAAUACAAAGAGAUGACUGGCCAGGAGUAUAAACCUGGGAGCCCUCCCGCUGCAGGGGCCCAGGAGGCUGCUUCUCAGUCACCAGCUGCCGCUCUGGAAAGCAGAUCUCUGUACGACAGAGUCGCCGCACAAGGGGAGCUGGUUCGAAAGCUGAAAGCUGAGAAAGCCCUCAAGGCUAAAAUAAACCAAGCUGUUGAGUGCUUACUGUCCCUGAAAGCCGAGUACAAAGAGAAGACUGGGAAGGAGUACGUGCCCGGCCAGCCGCCGGCCCCAAGCUCCAAGUCCAGCCCUGCUGGGGACCGGGAGUCCUCGGGCCCAGAGGCACCGGAGGCCCAGGUGCUGUUUGCCAGGGUAGCUGCUCAGGGAGAAGUGGUUCGGAAACUUAAAGCUGAAAAGGCUUCCAAGGACCAGGUGGACCCCGCCGUGCAGGUGCUGCUGCAGCUGAAGGCGCAGUACAAGGCCCUGGCGGGGGUGGAGUAUAAGCCCGUGUCUGCCACCGGUGCUGACGACAGAGACAAGAAGAAGAAAGACAAGGAGAACAAAUCCGAAAAGCAGAAUAAGCCUCAGAAAGCACAUGACGGCCACGGCAAAGAGCCUUUUAAUAGCCAGGGGAGCGGGCCGACACCCGGCGGUGCCGGAGAAGGGCAGGGCCCCAGGAAGCAAACGCGGUUGGGUCUUGAGGCAAAAAAAGAAGAAAAUCUUGCCGAUUGGUAUUCUCAGGUCAUCACAAAGUCAGAGAUGAUCGAGUACUACGAUGUGAGUGGCUGCUAUAUCCUCCGGCCCUGGGCGUACUCCAUCUGGGAGUCCAUCAAGGCCUUCUUCGAUGCUGAGAUCAAGAAGCUCGGCGUUGAGAACUGCUACUUCCCCAUCUUCGUGUCUCAGAGCGCGCUGGAGAAGGAGAAGACUCAUGUUGCUGACUUUGCCCCAGAGGUGGCCUGGGUUACGCGGUCCGGGAAGACGGAGCUGGCAGAGCCGAUUGCUAUCCGCCCGACCAGCGAGACAGUCAUGUACCCUGCCUAUGCGAAGUGGGUGCAGUCCCACCGGGACCUGCCUAUCCGGCUCAAUCAGUGGUGCAAUGUGGUGCGCUGGGAGUUCAAGCACCCGCAGCCUUUCCUGCGCACCCGAGAGUUCCUCUGGCAGGAGGGGCACAGCGCCUUCGCCACUUUUGAAGAAGCAGCAGAAGAGGUCCUGCAGAUCCUUGAGCUGUACACGCGGGUGUAUGAGGAGCUCCUGGCCAUCCCCGUGGUCAAGGGCAGGAAGACGGAGAAGGAGAAGUUUGCAGGCGGAGACUACACAACCACGGUGGAGGCCUUCAUAUCCGCCAGCGGCAGGGCCAUCCAGGGCGCAACGUCACAUCAUUUAGGCCAGAAUUUUUCCAAAAUGUGUGAGAUCGUUUUUGAAGAUCCCAAGACACCAGGAGAGAAGCAGUUUGCUUACCAGUGCUCCUGGGGGCUGACCACACGCACCAUUGGGGUGAUGGUCAUGGUCCACGGGGACAACACGGGCUUGGUCCUGCCGCCCCGGGUGGCCUCCGUGCAGGUGGUGGUCAUCCCUUGCGGCAUCACGAAUGCGCUGUCCGAGGGAGACCGAGAGGCGCUGAUGGUGAAGUGCAGCGACUACUGCAGGCGACUGCUCGGGGCCGACAUCCGCACCCGCGUCGACCUUCGAGACAACUACUCUCCGGGCUGGAAGUUCAAUCACUGGGAGCUCAAGGGAGUUCCGAUCAGACUCGAAGUUGGGCCCCGCGACAUGAAGAGUUGUCAGUUUGUAGCUGUGAGGCGAGAUACCGGAGAGAAGCUGACGAUAGCGGAAAGUGAGGCCGAGGCGAAGCUAGAGGCUCUGCUGGAAGACAUCCACGCCAGCCUCUUCAGAAGGGCUUCUGAAGACCUGAAGACCCACAUGGUAGUGGCAGACACAAUGGAAGACUUUCAGAAGACGCUAGAUGCUGGGAAGGUCGCCCAGAUCCCGUUCUGCGGGGAGAUCGACUGCGAGGAUUGGAUCAAGAAGACCACCACCAGGGACCAGGACCUGGAGCCCGGGGCCCCAUCCAUGGGCGCCAAGAGCCUCUGCAUCCCCUUCCGGCCGCUGCAGGAGCUGCAGCCCGGAGCCCGGUGCGUGUGCGGCAAGAACCCCGCCAAGUUCUACACCUUGUUCGGCCGGAGCUACUGAGGGCAAAGCAGCACUCUCCUCCUCCACUUUUUAAAGAAUUGCUACCGGUGUCUUCUCGGAUACAGUUUUCUGAUUUUUUAUAAAAAUAAAACUAGUAAAAGGCGGUCACACGAGACAACUAUUCCUAUGCCUGAGUUGCCGGUGGGAAAGACUUUCCUGUAAACAACCUGGAAAUAAAUACCAUGAACUAGC